GUGGGUGGUGCAGGGCAGGGGUGGUAUAUCCUGUCUGACCGAGGGCGGGCCCUGCCAGUGCCUGGAGACGGACGAGCCAGGGUGGAGGCGCCAGGAGCAGCUGCCGGGAGCCCUCACGCGGACCACUCACUCUAUGGCCAUAGGGAGCCGCUGAGAGCGACCAGAGCACGCUCCGCCAGCCUCUGCACCGCACCUCGCCCGCGCCUCUGCUCUCCAGGUCCCGGCCCUCGCCUUCUGCCACCAUGAACCACUCACCGCUCAAGACAGCCCUAGCGUACGAAUGCUUCCAGGACCAGGACAACUCCACGCUGGCUUUGCCGUCGGAUCAAAAGAUGAAGACGGGUACAUCGGGCAGGCAGCGCGUGCAGGAGCAAGUGAUGAUGACCGUCAAGCGGCAGAAAUCCAAGUCUUCCCAGUCGUCCACCCUGAGCCACUCCAACCGAGGUUCCAUGUACGAUGGCUUGACUGACAAUUACAAUAACUAUGGGACCACCAGCCGGAGCAGCUACUACUCCAAGUUCCAGGCAGGAAAUGGCUCAUGGGGCUAUCCGAUCUACAAUGGGACGCUCAAGCGGGAGCAGGACAACAGGCGCUUCAGCUCCUACAGUCAGAUGGAGAACUGGAACCGGUACUACCCCCGCGGGAGCUGCAACACCACCGGUGCAGGCAGUGACAUCUGCUUCAUGCAGAAAAUCAAGGCGAGCCGCAGCGAGCCCGACCUCUACUGCGAUCCAAGGGGCACCCUGCGCAAGGGCACCCUGGGCAGCAAGGGCCACAAGACCACCCAGAACCGCUACAGCUUUUACAGCACCUGCAGCGGUCAAAAGGCCAUCAAGAAGUGCCCGGUGCGCCCACCCUCGUGCACCUCCAAGCAGGACCCUGUCUAUGUGCCACCUAUCUCCUGCAACAAGGACCUGUCCUUUGGCCACUCAAGAGCCAGCUCCAAGAUCUGCAGUGAGGACAUCGAGUGCAGUGGGCUGACCAUCCCCAAGGCCGUGCAGUACCUGAGCUCCCAGGAUGAGAAGUACCAGGCCAUCGGGGCCUAUUACAUCCAGCACACCUGCUUCCAGGAUGAAUCUGCCAAGCAGCAGGUCUAUCAGUUGGGAGGCAUCUGCAAGCUGGUGGACCUCCUCCGCAGCCCCAACCAGAACGUCCAGCAGGCUGCCGCGGGGGCCCUGCGAAACCUGGUGUUCCGGAGCACCACCAACAAGCUGGAGACCCGGAGGCAGAACGGAAUCCGUGAAGCUGUCAACCUCCUGAGGAAGACUGGGAGCACCGAGAUCCAGAAACAACUGACUGGGCUGCUCUGGAACCUGUCUUCCACUGAUGAGCUGAAGGAGGAGCUGGUGGCCGAUGCUCUGCCUGUUCUGGCUGACCGGGUCAUCAUUCCUUUCUCGGGUUGGUGUGAUGGCAAUAGCAACAUGUCCCGAGAAGUGGUGGAUCCUGAGGUCUUCUUCAACGCCACAGGCUGCUUGAGAAACCUGAGCUCAGCCGAUGCAGGCCGCCAGACCAUGCGGAACUACUCGGGGCUUAUUGACUCCCUCAUGGCCUAUGUCCAGAACUGUGUGGCAGCCAGCCGCUGCGAUGACAAGUCUGUGGAGAACUGCAUGUGCAUCCUGCACAACCUCUCCUACCGCCUGGAUGCCGAGGUGCCCACCCGCUACCGCCAGCUGGAGUAUAACACCCGCAACGCCUACACGGAGAAGUCCUCCACCGGCUGCUUCAGCAACAAGAGCGACAAGAUGAUGAACAACAACUAUGACUGCCCGCUUCCCGAGGAAGAAACCAACCCCAAGGGCAGCAGCUGGCUCUACCACUCAGAUGCCAUUCGCACCUACCUGAACCUCAUGGGCAAAAGCAAGAAAGACGCUACCCUGGAGGCCUGCGCCGGGGCCCUGCAGAACCUGACGGCCAGCAAGGGGCUGAUGUCCAGUGGCAUGAGCCAGCUGAUUGGGCUGAAGGAAAAGGGCUUGCCACAAAUCGCCCGCCUCCUGCAAUCUGGCAACUCUGACGUGGUUCGUUCUGGGGCCUCCCUCCUGAGCAACAUGUCCCGCCACCCUGUGCUGCACAGAGUGAUGGGGAACCAAGUGUUCCCAGAGGUGACCAAGCUCCUCACCAGCCAUACUGGCAACACCAGCAACUCCGAAGACAUCUUGGCUUCCGCCUGCUACACUGUAAGGAACCUGAUAACCUCACAGCCGCAGAUGGCUAAGCAGUACUUCUCCGGCAGCACGCUCAACAACAUCAUCAACCUGUGCCGCAACAGUGCCUCGCCCAAGGCUGCAGAGGCUGCCCGGCUCCUCCUCUCUGACAUGUGGUCCAGCAAGGAGCUGCAGGGUGUCCUCAGACAGCAAGGCUUCGACAGGAAUAUGCUGGGAGCCCUAGCGGGGGCCAACAGCCUCAGGAACUUUACCUCCAGAUUCUAAGAAGAGACUGUAGCUUGCAGAAAGAUCUGACCUAGAUGAGAAGACCUCAGGCCUUGCUGGAUGAGUUAUUCUGUGCAGUAUUUGGAAAAGUUCGAGUGCAACUGAGAACAAACCUGAAAACUGUGGAUGAUGGAGAUAUUUUUAGAUUCUUUUUUUUUUCCUUGGGGGAACUGGCAGGCAAGGGUUGGGGAGGUUGGGGGGGACUUUCUUGAGUUAAAAGGGCUUACAUCUGAUGUCAAUACUUCCUUCUCUGAGAAAUGGUAUAUAUAUAUGUGUAUAAUGUAAGUGUGUGUGCGUGCGUGUGCGUGUGUGCGUGCGUGAGUGCCUAACAUAACUACAAACUGCAAAAGCUAGGUGUGCUGUAUCGUUGCAACUCAUAAGAUAGGGCAAAAGUGUCUCCAUGUCUCUCCCUCAUAGGCAGGAUGACAUGUGCUUUUAGGUUAGCUGCCCAUAGUUCUAGAAAUGUAUUAUGCCAGGGCAGGGACCCUCACCAGAGUCAGGCCACAGAGAAGCCCUACAGCCUCUCUGUGGCCAUCUCCCAGGGAAAGUGUGAGAGGAAGAAGAGCCGAGCUGGAGCUCACCUCCUUAAAAGGCUGCUUUGCAGGCAGGGAGGUUGGCUGGGGUGUCGAGGCUUGGUGUAUCUCAUGGGAAAAUCUGGUGCAUCUGACAAUGUUCCAUUCCCACAGUGCCACAAGGCCUGGGGUUGGGCAGGGUGUGGGGCUCUGGAAGGCACCAAGACAAUCUUGCUUGCUUAGCUGCGUGAGGUCGCCAGGGGAGUAGGAGCCAGAGAGAUGGAACUCAAGGUUCUCUUGGGCUGUAUAGCCCCAGAGCAGCCUCGACCUGCAAAGCCUCAGCCUACAAAGCCCCAGCUUCCAGGGAGCCUGUGCUGCAAGAUAAAGAAGGCAAAACAUGGUGCUCAAAGCCAAACAGCUGUUCUGGGAAUGGCUAUUUGGUCUCAUUUUCCCAGUGGAGAAGGAAACAGGCUGGGGCUGGGCAUCUACCUACUCAAGUUCCCGGUGGAACUAGGGAGAAAGGAGUUGGAAAUUAACCAGGAAAUUGCUUCCCACCAAACCUGCCACAUCAGGUGAGGGAGCUUUGGGUUCCAGAAGACCAAAGGAAGGGAGUUUGGAUAGACCACAACAGGGGAAUCCUAACAGCAAGCCCACAUCCCUGUCAGGGACCAUGCCUUACUACCCCGGGACCCCAGCCAUCCUAUCUCCAUUCUAUCUUUGUGAAACCCGUAGGGGAUGUGAUAAGAGGCCUGCCAGGGGCACCAGGCACCCCCUAGACUCCACACUGUGCAUUUAGGUGAGCAGUAGCAGAAGGGCCCCUGAGGACCUCAUGAGAAGACCUGUCUAUGCCAAUAGCCCUUAGUACAGACCACAAAAUGCAGCCUCCCAGGCUGGCAGGGUAGAUGUUUGGGAGACACUAACUGCCUAGUCUGUGUCCUUCUCUAGAAGAAUACAAGUGCUCCUUCUCUCCAUCAACCUCCAUCAGAACUCCUUUCUGGACUCAGGAUGGCCUAUUAAGAGAUGCAGGCACUGAGGUUGGCGGAGGCCAGAUGUGUGGGGACACCCUCCUCCAAGAGGCAUCCCAUGACACUUAACCAGGUGUGCUCUGCUGCUGUGGAUCUAUAACACCCUUCCCCAUUAUGGCUCAUCUCUGCCUCCCAGGGAGCCACGUGGGAGCCAGGUCCCACCAGAUUGUCCUGGGUGUGGGUUUCAGAAAGUCUCCUCUGCCAAUCAUUAGCAUCCAGAGGAAUCCAUUUCAUUAAAAAAUAUGUUUUUUGAAAAUCCCUCUGUGCCAGGCAGUGUUCUAAGCACUUAGGAUACAUCAGUGAACAAAGCAGCCCACACCCCUGUUCUUACCAUAAGCUAUUACGGUCUGCUGGGGUGGGUGGGACACUGAGCCAGGUGCUUGGCUUUAGGGAGCCCCUGGUCUGAGAGGACAGUGCAGUCAGGACAAGAGGGUAAUGAACCACUACAGUGAAUCUCCUACGUGCCAGGGUGAUGCAAACCCCUCAGCAUGGUCCUGGCUUCCUGCAGCCCCUUGGUUCACUUUCUCUGUGUCCUCCUCAACCCCUACCCAGGUGAAGAGCCAGGUGAGCCCAAUCAUCUGCUCUGGGAAGAAAGUAGCUGCUCAGGUGCCCAAUGUGGACAGUGAGGUCAGGCCUGAUUUUGGUUGUGUCUUGGGCCCUCUCGAGCUGGCCUUGUCAUAUGGGUGUCUGACCCAUGCCUGUCAUUUGAGAAGAGCAAAAUCGAGGGGAGGUUGGGGAUGCAUUUCCUAGAGAAAGGGAGUAUGGGGUUUGCUGGGCCUUAUGUAUCAUAUUAGGGACCUCUCUUAGGAUUUUAAAUCCACAUUUUAAAUCCCUGGCCUCUGGCUGCCAAGGACGACGCCUGAAACCAAAAGUUCUAAUUUGGGACAAAGUGAGAAAAGACACAGACCCAUGCCCAUCUUAACUCCAGAAUCUCCUGUGCUUAAGACAAAUCCGGACACUGGCCACCAGCAGCCUCUUCAGUGGGGGCCAGACAGUCGCCCAGGUCCCACACUUCUGCCAAGGCCCCAAGAGAAGGAGUGCCCUUUACUUGUCCGCCUUGGCUCCUGGCUGAGAGACGAGCAGCUGGAGCUCCCUGAUGGGCAGGCAGGGGAGCCCCUGAUUACGGCCAGGCAUCCGGCGCCUCGCUUGAGACCCCCUCCCCUGCUUUGUGUCUGUAUAAGAACUUUGUGUGGCCAGUCCCACUUUCCUUGUAUGAUAUGCCAUGUAUUUGCUUUUUUUUUGAAAUA